AAAAGCAUAGAUCCAGCCUUAUUCUGCUUUACUUAAUAAACAUCUGUUGUCAUAGAAGACUCGAUACUUACUUGACCUGAUUUCCCGUAAUAUUUGAUUGCGUUUUACAAGUCGUGUUGAUAAUUGUAUAAAUGGACGUUUAGAAAACAGCCUAUACUGCUAUAACAGUAGUAAUGAUGAAAUUAGAGUCAAGGUGAACAUCCAUAAGAUGCAUUAUGGGUACGAUCAGCUUUAAGAAAAAUGCGGCAAAUGAUGAUAAAUAAUUUCACUCGUCAACUUUAAAUUAUAUCUCACAUGAAGUCAGUUGAUGCCUGUUUGAUAAUAUCACAUAUAUCUUUUCAUCUGGUUCAGUAAUUAUAACCAGAAUGAAAGCUUAUCCAGCAGUUCCAAUUUUAUCAACAUUUAUCUCUGAAUUGAAUUCUUCAAUUCAACCCAAAGUUGUAGACUUUUCUAAAACUGAAGUAUGGAAUAUUACUGAUACCGCUGAAGAUUUAGCCGUGAAUCAAUUAUUACCCACUCUUGCAGAAUGUUUUGUUAUUGUACUUUGCGGUUACAUCUGUGGCCGAUUUCAAUAUAUUUCUUCAAAUGAAAUAAAAGGCUUGACGAUAUUUGCUUCUCACUUCGCUCUACCUUCUCUCAUCUUCUUGAAUCUAGCAACAAUAGAUUUGCAUAAUGUCCAUUGGCUAUUUAUUAUAGGAAUCAUCCUAGGAAAAUCGCUAAUAUUCUUGUUUGUUGCCACAACAACGGCUUGUUUUUAUCGACCUUUCAAUUUAGCAUUGAUUGGGAUAUAUGGAAUUUUAUGUACUCAAGGAAGUGAUUUCAGCCUCGCUUAUCCAGUCGUACAAUCAAUUUUCGGAAACGCCCAGUCAUCUUAUCCCGGAUAUAUGUACAUUAUCGCACCUCUGUCUCACGUACUCUUUAAUCCCAUCGGAUUUUUGUUAAUGGAAGCGGAGAAAGCUCGUACUCAACAUAUCAUCCCCUCUACUCGCAGCAGGUGUACCUAUCAUCCGAUAAUAUUCAAUGUUUUUCGUGGUGUGGCUAAAAAUCCUUGCGUAAUUAUGACGGUACUCGGCAUCCUGGCUAACCUUCUCUUUUCCGGUUAUUUACCUUAUAUUAUCGAGCGUAUAUUAAAGAUGUUAUCUUCUUCAUUCUCAGCAAGUAUUUUAUUUCUCUUGGGUUUCACUUUAUUUAGUUCAAAUUCUAAAUUGAAAUCUGUCAAUUUAACUUCAAUUCUACUCAUUCUAUUUAAAAUGUUUGUUGCUCCAUUUAUUCUCUAUGUAUCGGUGAAAGUAGUUUGUCAUGUCUGCGUUGACAAGAGUGAUCUUGCAAAUUAUGCCUUUGUAUAUGGAACCGUACCGAGCGGGCCCAUUGUUCUUUUGUUUGCUACACAAUACGGAUUAUCAACAGAAAUGUUGUCUUCUACUUUGGUUCUCAACAAUAUCUUCUCGGCUCCACUGAUCUUUAUUGCUUCCAAACUAACAGAAUUUACAGGAAAAAAUGUCAAUUCAGCACAGUUUAUAUUAGAUGAUUGUAUAUUAUAUAUCAGUGUGGUAUCUUUAUUUGCAUCCACUUGGAUGUUCAUAAUAUCUCUGGUCAAAGGAAAAUGGAAAAGAAUUCCUUAUUUGAUGAUAUUCAAUAUUGCAAUUUGUCAACUUAUCAUUUCCUUCGGAGUUGUACUUUGGAAAUUCAAAUUUUCUGAAAAAUCGUUAUAUUAUAUACAGCUGAUAAUGAUCAUAGGAGGAACCUUGUCGAAUCGAGUUUGGACUUCACUUCUCUCUGUCGGUUUAAUGCUUCUUCGAAAGAAUAGUUUUGCUUCUAUUAUGAAUUUAAACUUAAUUAUAUUUAUAACAAUCUUAGGAUUUUGUGUACCUGGAGUUAUUGUAACAAGUUUAGCUUUAAUGAAUUCCAAUAGAAAUGAAAUUAAUCAAACAAAUCAAGUAAUAUCUAGUUAUAUUCAAGGAACCAUCGUGGUAAUUACUGUUAUAAGUUUACUUCUGACAGUUUCUGGCUUACUAGGCUAUUGUCGUCAUUCGAUUCCUAAACUACCGCUUUGGAUAAAGAAAGAAAACUCUUUGAAUUCUGAUACCAACGUUCAUACACAUUCUUCUUCUUCUUGUCUUAAAACUCGAUCUUCACAACAAGAGAAAUCGGAAUCCAAACCGUCUCUUAAUGUCGAAGAACAAUUGCAGAAAUCAGUAUUAAUCAAUGCUUUACCAGUAUGUCUGGCAUUAGAAUGGAAAAAUGUAGAAAUAACAAAAUGUAACUUUUCUCAAAUUGGAAAUAUACAAAGGUAA